AUGCAAAAACUUUCCAACAACAAGAAAUUUAUUCAUCAACUCAUUCAUCACACUCUCAAGAGUGGUAGUACUACUGUUACAUACGGAGGAGGGAGGCAAUCAGCAUUAUCAAUUUUGAAUAAUUUUAAUGGACAACAACAAUUUUUCAGAGAAUUACAACAAUUGAGAAGGUUUUCAUCAUGCCAAUUAUUAAAAUCAACAACAACACCUCCUACUCCUACUCCAACAUCAAAUCAGAAUAAUGCUAAUAAUUCCGUAGCCUCUACUUCCACCAAUGAAGCAAAAAGCACAGAAAACACCACACCACAAGCUAAUACUACUACUGCUGCUGAACAAACUCCUCAAGAAACACCAAAACGUUCUAAAUAUUAUGAUGUAGACCUUGGAAGAGAAUUAACACAAGAGGAAAUUCUUCAAAAACAAAGGAAGAGAAAGUAUUUAUAUGCCUUCCUUGUUUUUGCAGCAAUUGGUGGUAUUAUUACUCUUGGAUUGUACAAGGCAAUGAUUGAAAUUCAAAAUUUGACUGUCUUCUCGGAUAUGGUUGAAACUUUAUUUAUUAAUAAUGAUAGAGAAUUAGUUCUUAAUGCAGAGAGUGCAGUUUUGGAAAGUUUUAAAUAUUUGGACGAAUUCAAAUUCUCUGACGAAAUGUUACAAAAUUUCCACGCAAUUUUUGGAGAUUUUGAGUCCAUGAAGUCUAUUAAACUUUUAGGACCUAAUUUUGUUGAACAAACAGUUCACAGACUUUACCUCGUUUCAAAAGAAAAUAUUCCAGGAGGAAAAUACGGAGCUUUUGAUAUGGAAUCGAGAUUAUACUAUUUCUUCCCUAUUGUUAAUAAGGAUACAGGUGCUACUUCUGCAUUAAAAGUUACAUUUUAUGUUAAUGAUAAACAUACAGCUGACCUGAGAGCUAGAAGAGAAAAGACAAAGAAAGAUAUGGAAGAAAGACAAAAGAAAGAAAAGGAAGCUAGAUAUCAAAAAGAAAAAAGAGAUAAAAUCAAUGAUGAAAGAAUUAAAAAAGGAGAAGCUCCACUUGAAGAACCAGAACCAGAACCAAUAGUAGAAGAGCCAAAGGAAGAAAAACCUAUUUUUGUUCCACCAGUAAUUUUGGAAAGUAUUCACUUGUGUGAUCCAGCUCAACUUGCUGAAGCAUUCGAAGAAAAUUUCUUUGCUCAACAUGACAAGCAUCAUUUAUAUGGACUUAAGGAAUUAUCAUAUUCUUGGCCUUUUGGUCAAACAUAUAAUGGAGGAAAAUCAGAAAUUCAAAUCUUUAAAAAUCCUGAACUUGCUGACAAAAUUCCAGUUAUAAUAACACAGCUUGGUGCCAUUAAUAUGCCUUCACCAAUCCAAAAAGUAGGACAUUUUUAUUUAGAAAAUCUUGACAAUGAACGAGUGAAAUUGGAUUUGAGAUCAUCUUUACCAACCUCAAAUUAAAUACAUUUCUAUUUAUUC